AUGGAAGGGGUCUCAUUGGCACUCCAACGCAGUGAUCUUCCUAUAGUGGUGGAAAUGGAUUCUCUCGAGGCGGUGACCUUGAUUUCAUGUGAAGACGUCGACCGCUCUAUUUACGCCUCAAUUGUGAAGGAAAUUAAGUACCUAUUGUCUCUUCCACAAUCUUAUAUUAUUCAUAUUGCUAGGACCCAAAAUAAGGCUAGUGAUGCAUUAACUUCGUUUGCUAGAUUGCAAGGUAGGACCAUGACCUGGCUAGGGGCUGGUCCGGAUGAGGUGAUGGAGAUUGUUUCUCUCGAUGGUAAUGACUUCUUGAUUGAGUAA